AUGGCAGAAAGAAACGAAGUUAUCAUCUCAGACAGUGAAGGUCCAAAACAAGCUAGUUUGGAGUUUGAGUUCGCAACAACUACGACACUUCAUGGGAUAAGUCGUGUAGCCGAGAGACGUGGUGUCCGGGGUAAAGCCCCUUGGGUGAUCGUCCUACUCGUGCUUGGUGGGAUUUACGCGGCCGUUGCGUUCGAUCGCAUCAGGGCGUAUAUUAGAUUCGAAGCAAGCACCAAUGUUAUUGUCAAUUUCGUGCCGAAACUCGACUUUCCCGCCGUGAGCGUUUGUAACUACAACCGGUUUAUGAGUUCUAAAAUUCAGGAAAAGGACAAAAAGCACGUAAAAAACCUCAUAAGAGUUUAUGACGAUUUUGAGGGGGACGACGAAGACUCGGUGGAUGAUUGGGACGACUUCUAUUCGGAUGAUUCGUUUAACUACGCAGAAUUUGCUUAUGCAACUGGCUACUCAUUGGAAAGAUCAAUGCAUACGUGCAAAUGGAAAGGAGCGAAAUGUGGUGUAGAAAACUUCACAGAAUUCUACUCUCCGCGCUACGGACUGUGUUACACAUUUACCUCCCGCGGCAACCAAACCCUACCGGGGAUCGGGAACGGGCUUCGGUUGGUUCUGGACAUCGAGGAGAACGAAUACACUGAGACUGAAGAAGGCAACACCGAAGCAGGAAUCAAAUUUGCAAUUCAUCCUCACACUGAGUCUCCUGAAAUGGACACCACGGGGCUAUCUGCACCCCCUGGGUUUCGUACCUUUGUAUCCAUACGCCAGACACAUCAUCAGAACCUCCCCAAACCGUGGGGAGUUUGCGGUAUCAACAAAGCUUAUCAACAAAACCCCACAAAUUAUAACAGGCACACCUGUCUGUCUGACUGUCAAGCUUUUGCUAUCAUCGACAACUGCUCUUGUCAGCUUUUUGGGACUGUCCAAGCGGACGGAGCACCUCUGUGUAGUAUCACACAGCUACCAUGCACCAAGAAGGCAUUGGAGCUCCAUCGUGCUAACAUGGCGGAAGACAUAUGUGACUGCCCAAUAUCUUGUGACUACGUCACAUACAAACCCACGAUAUCCAUGGCGAAGUAUCCAAGCAAAAGUGUCCUUCAAAGUAUCAUUGACUCCUACGCAAGCCGAGAUAACGCAUCACUCUACGACGAAGAAUACACUGCCAGAAGUUUGGUGUAUCUGGACGUGCACUACAACGAGUUGAGCACCACCACCUACAAGCAAGUAGAGGAUCUGCCCUUCACUGCGCUGCUGGGAGAGCUGGGCGGGCAGCUCGGGCUGUUUCUCGGCGCAAGUAUUAUCACCGCCGUGGAGUUUAUUGACUACUUGAUGAGACGGAUCAAACGCUUGCUCGCCAGGGCUAAGGUGGGGGACAAUAAAGUACACUGUUCAACGAAGGACCAUGAGGCACCUCAAACAACUGAAAUUCUUGAUUUUGAAACAGAGUAAAGUAUUCAUUUUCUAAUCAACAUCGUUCUAACUUUAUUCUGUCCUAAAAUUGACCCACCGUAAUUAUAUUAAUCUACACUAAUACAUAUAAGCUUUAUCAAGCUAGCUUGAUAAUCGUUGUUGUUUUAUGCAGCGUUUUUCCCCCUUUUAUUUGCUACCUUUUUUGUAAUGAUUAAGAAUGCCAUUUUUGUGCCUGAAAUGGACGCUAUAUUGAUCGGGUAAAGGUUUAAAGCCAGUGGACACUAUUGGUAAUUGUCAAAGACUAGUCUUCACAUUUGGUGUGUUUCAACAUAUGCAU